CGGGUGUGCUCCGAGCAGGCCGCACCGGACAGCAGCCCCACUCCCACUCCGGAGGCCCCCCUGCCCUUUCUUCCCCUCCUCCCUCACCCCUAUCCCCGGGCCCUGGUGCGAGGCUGGGAGCCGCCGCCCGGGCCGGACCUCGGUGAGUGAUCCCCAGCCUCUGCGACCUGCCCUCCCAGCCCCCCUGCAACCUCGGGCCUCCGGAGCCCCGGCCCCGCACGGGGGGAGGAGAAUUCUGGGUUCGAAGUCGCCCGCUGCUCGCUCCUCUGGACUUUUCGGUUCCCCGUUGUAACUGGGGAAGGUUUGGAGCCAUCUAGCCCGCCUAGGAAAUGGAGGAUAGGAGAGACGUUUCCUUCCCAGGCCUUCCCACCCGCUGGCCCCCCUGCCCCCUCCAUGACCACCUCUCGGCGACCUCAGCACUUUACAGAAACCUGAACUUACUUCUGGGGAGCAGUGGCCUUUGGAAAUGAAAGCUAUCUCUGAAGUGCACAGAGCAGAAAGCACCAUGCCACCUAAUAAAGAGGCCAGCAGUCUGAAUAGCUCCCCGGCUGGGCUCAUCUGCCUCCCUCCAAUCUCUGAGGAGCUCCAGCUUGUGUGGACCCAAGCAGCCCAGACCAGUGAGCUGGAUGAUAAUGAACACUUGCUACAAACCUUCAGCUACUUCCCCUACCCCAGUCUAGCAGACAUCGCCCUUCUCUGCCUCCGCUACGGGCUGCAGAUGGAGAAAGUCAAGACUUGGUUCAUGGCCCAGCGCCUCCGCUGUGGCAUCAGCUGGUCAUCCGAAGAAAUAGAAGAGACGCGGGCCCGGGUGGUCUACCAUCGCGACCAGCUCCAUUUCAAAUCCCUCCUCUCUUUCACUCAUCACGCAGGACGGCCCCCCGGGGAGGUGCCGCCCCCUCCAAUGCCCCCUCCUGAGCCAACUGGCCUUGGAGUCAUGCCUCUGACUUUAAGUGAACCCACCCAGCUGAAAGCAUUGAAGGUAGAGCGUGAGGACUUCUCAGAGCCACCUGGUCACCAGAAAGCAAAGGAGUCCCCCGUAGUACCUGGCAGUGGAGCAUUCCCCCAGCAACCCGGCUUUUGGCGUGAUCUUCAGAACAGUGGCCUCUCUAAGGAACAGGCAGGCGGGAAUCCCAGCCAGUCACACAGUCCAAGCUCUGCUUCCUGGAACCACUCCGCAGCUGCCCACCAGCCACACGCUGGGGAUAAGGCCCCGCCAGUCUCCUUACUCACCAGUCACUGUAAGCAGGAGUCGCCAUCGAAAGUGACUCUUCCUCCUUCUUCUACCUCCUCCAGUUUCCAGGUACUGGCUAAUGGAGCCACUGCUGCCCCAGCAUCCCACCAGUCACUGGGUUGUAUUACACAGGCACUGUCGCCCAGUGAACAGGCACUACCCCCACAUCUGGAGUCAGCCUGGCCCCAGAGGCUAAGGCAGAACUCAGUCCCAGUUAGGGCUUCUCCCUCUGAGUACCCUUCCCCAGAUGUGCACCGUCCGAGAAAGACCAAGCGCAAAACCAAAGAGCAGCUGGCUAUCCUCAAGUCAUUUUUCCUACAGUGCCAGUGGGCGCGGCGUGAGGAUUACCAUAAAUUAGAACAGAUCACUGGUUUACCCCGGCCCGAGAUUAUCCAGUGGUUUGGGGACACACGCUAUGCCUUGAAGCACGGGCAGCUGAAAUGGUUCCGGGACAAUGCGGUACCUGGUGCCCCCAGUGCCCAGGACCCAGCGAUGUCCACACCGCUGCCAUCUACACGCUCCUUGAGUGAAUGGACGGAGACGCCACCUCUGCCAGCCCCCCCGCCCCCACCGGACACACGGCCCUUGGAGAGGUACUGGGCGGCCCACCAGCAGCUGCGGGAAAGCGACGUCCCUCAGCUGAGUCAGGCUUCAAGGCUUAGUGCCCAGCAGGUACUGGAUUGGUUUGACUCUCGGUUACCUGAACCUGCUGAGGUGGUGGUUUGUCUGGAUGAAGAACAGGAAGAGGAAGAGGAAGAACUGCCAGAAGAUGAGGGGGAAGAGGAGGAGGAAGAGGAAGAUGAUGACGAUGACGAUGUGAUCCUACAGGACUGAGGGGAGGGGUAGGGAGGUUUGUCACUAAAAGAUGAACCAACUUAGCAACUAAACAAAUCACUUUUUUUUUUUUUUAAUUACCUUGUGGCGAAGAACUGAAAAAACUUUUGUGUUCUUGAGGUUGGGGGACCAGAUGGAAGUGAGGAUGCAACAGAGGGGGGGGGGGAGCAGAGGGCACAAAGCCAGGUGGGGGAUCUGGUGGGUAGAAAGAGCUCCAGGCUUGGGUACAGUGCAGGGUACCUGGGACCUGGUCCACAAUGACCUGGGGAACACCGCCUGUGCCCCACCUCGGCCGUCUUUUCCUUUAGUGAGCUCUACAGAGGCCAGAUGUUGGACCCACAUCCAUGGGAGGAUGGGGCUAAAGGAGAAACAGAUUUAGGUUCUGUUUUGAUGGCUGCAGUGCAUCCUGGAACAUCAGGCUGCCUCGCACCCUGCCCUUCUUUGCUCUCCUGGCACAAGUCAGCUAAAGAGCUUCAGCCAGUCCCCAUCUCCCCACAAGACUUCCCUUUCUCAUACCAACUUGUUUCAUGUUGCACCUGUUGGUUAAGUCACAGCAGCAGAACAUUCAUUUCUGAUACUGGGACCACUUUGCUUUGUACGUUUGUUUGUUUUUUUUUCUUCAACCUCGGAAAUCCCUGCUCUGUUCACUAUUUGUCUCAGGGUAAAUCUUCCCCCAAGGAGCUUGUGAAAAAGUUGUAAUGACUGGGUGGAGAAUGGAUGGUUUAGACUGGAUAUUUAUUGGAGGUUGAAAUUUGGAGAGAUGUCUUUUUAAAAAGGUAGAUGAGGUUCCAGAGUGAGGAGACAGAAAGGAUUCUACUGUCUAGAAAAUGCUUCAGGUAGGUUCCAGGUUUGGUUUUACAAACUUGACACUGUCUCCUGCCUAGCUCCACAGAGCCUUAGUUUUCCAUUUGUUUUUGGUGUUGGCUCUCAAGUUGUUUGCAGAAAGAGGUUUCCCCCUCCUUAUAGGAUCUUGGGGAACAGAGGGACCAUGGUCUUAGACUGAAUUAAUUAUUCUCUAGAAUGAUUUUCAUCAGUUGGAUUCAGAUAUAAAGAUAUUAAUGGAAAUAGUGCCAUCUAGAAAUAAAACUGGAAGCCCCAAAUUGCUAGAGUAAUAAUAAAAUGGCCCCAAAUAAAAUUGUUUCUCUUUUCUCCCAAUUUGCCAUGUCUAUUAUAGAGAUUAAUGGAGCCAAAUCCAUGAACAAUCUGGCAGAGUCCCCUUUUUUAUUUUUCUAAAGUGACAGGAUAUAUUGAGGUAAGUUAAAAGAAAGCAAACUUUGGGGCCAGGCGAUGGUGCACCUGGUUAAGAGCACAGACUACAGUGUGUAAGGAGCCAGGUUUCAAGCCCCUGGUCCCCACCUUCAGGGGGGAAGCUUCACGAGUGGUGAAGCAGGGCUGCGGGUGUCUGUUUCGCUCUUUAUCUCCUCCUCUCCUCUGAAUCUCUCUAUCCAAAACAAAAAACACAAACUUAGAGAGGCAGUAGACUGUCCUGAUUACCAAGCUGUUUCAUGGCUAUCAAAUGGCAAUGAGGAAAAUUUCUGAGACUUUAGCAUGAUGAUUAUUAGAAAAAAAAAAAGCCUUGCAAGAUUGUCUUGCUGGUAACUAUACCUAUUGAUACUACAGCACAGAUUCUUAAUAAAUCGAGGCAGUCUGCAGGGGGGUGGCUUCACAAGCGGUAUCUAUCUUUCUCUUUCCCUCUCCAUCUCCCCCUCCUCUCUCAAGUUCUUGCUGUCCUGUCAAGUAAAAAUAGAAAGAAAAAUAAAAGGUAACUGGUCGAGGGGAGUAGUGGAUUCAUCGUGCAGGCAUAGAGCCCCAUCGAUAACCCUGGAGGCAAAGAAAAAGGUAGUGGGAUCUUAGUCUAGCUAUAAGAUCAUACCCAAGAUCUAAUUUAUCUCUAGCGGAUGCUUCUGUCUUAUUUAAUUUAUUAUUAUUAUUAUUUGUUGUUGUUUCUGGGACUUCACUGCACUGGGCUGACAGAGACAGAAGGAAAGAGGGAAAGAUGCCACAGCAAUGAAGCUUCAAAUGUGGUGGAGGCCAGGCUGCAACUUAGGUGACAUGCAUGGCAAAGCAGCAGGCGCACUACCCAGGUGACCUAUCCUGCUGGCCCAAUUCUCCCUGUCGUUCUGUAUUUGUCAUGUUUUUGCCUAAGGCACUGUCUGCUCACCCAUUCAAUUCCUCUUUUCUACCCUUUGAUACCCAAAGAAGAGUAAACGUUUGAUCUCUGGUAGGUAGUGUUCCUUAACCGUUCCACAAAUCUAGAGCUUGUAGUACCAACAUAAUUGUAAUCGAAAUAAAAGGGCAUCUUUUAUUUGCUAGCAAG